AUGGAGUCCAGCAUCUUUUUGCUCCUGUGUCUUAUUGGGCUCAGCCACCAGGCCACGGAGAAGAUUUAUAAUGGCGAGGAGUGUGUCCCUCACUCGCAGCCUUGGCAGGUGGGGCUGUUUGAGGGCAUCCACCUGCGCUGUGGGGGGGUCCUCAUUGACCGCAGGUGGGUUCUCACAGCCGCUCACUGCAGUAGCAGCAGGUACUGGGUGCGCCUUGGGGAACACAGCCUCAGCAAGCUGGACUGGACGGAACAGAUCCGGCGCAGUGGCUUCUCCGUGACACACCCCGGCUACCAGGGAGCCCUGCACAGCCAUGACCAUGACCUCCGGCUUCUGCGACUGGGUACCCCUGUUCUCCUGACCCGCAGCGUCCAGCCCCUACCCCUGCCCACCACCUGUGCCCCGGCUGGCACUGAGUGCCACAUCUCGGGCUGGGGCACCACCAACCGACCAUUGAAUCCAUUCCCAGACCGGCUCCAAUGCCUCAACCUCUCCAUUGUCUCCAAUGCCACCUGCCAGGCAGUGUUCCCGGGGAGAAUCACAGACAACAUGGUGUGUGCUGGUGGCAUCGCUGGGCAGGAUGCCUGCCAGGGUGACUCUGGGGGCCCCCUGGUAUGCGGAGGAGUCCUUCAGGGUCUGGUGUCCUGGGGAUCCGUGGGGCCUUGUGGGCAAGAAGGCAUCCCAGGGGUCUACACCAAAGUUUGCAAAUAUGUGGACUGGAUCCGGAUGGUCAUGAGGAACAACUGACCUGCUCCCUCCACCUUCAUGCCUCUGCUUGGGGCCACUCUGACCGUCAGCACCAACACCUCUUCCAUCAUCAACCCCAGUUCCCACUCUUCGUAGACUGGGGAUCUUCCCGGAAC